UUGAAGGCUGUGGAGUUUUUUGCGGCUACAACAGACAUGUGGUCAAGCCGUACAGCGGAGCCUUAUCAAAGCCUUACGGUCCAUUAUAUCUCUGAAGACCUCCACCUCGAAGCUCGCAGCCUUCAAACGGCCUACUUCCCCGAAGACCACACAGGCGAAAACAUUGCUGCUGGCCUGAGAGAGGGGCUUGCGUGCUGGGAUCUCACUGAAGACAACCUUGUCUGCAUAACGACGGACAACGCGUCAAAUAUGGUGAAAGCAGCACAGCUGAACGAAUGGACCAGACUCCAGUGUUUCGGACACAGAUUACAUCUUGCUAUUGAAAAUGCAAUCAAAGAUGAUAGAGUAUCCAGAGCAAUAGGGCAGUGCAGGAAGUUGGUGGGGCACUUCUCCCACAGUUGGAAGAAAAAGGCAGCGCUCACUGAGGCACAGAAGGAGCUUAAGCUUCCUGAGCACUCUCUCAUUACUGAGUGCCCUACAAGAUGGGGGUCCAAAGAGAAAAUGAUUGCCAGAGUGCUGGAACAGAUGACAGCCAUAUCAAAGGUAUUGUCAGGUGACCGACAUGCACGCCCCCUCAUCCCAACCUGGCAGGAUGCUGCCGUGUUGAAGUCCAUUCAUAAGGCACUGCAUCCUCUCUCCGAAUUUACUGAUGCUCUUUCUGGAGAGGAGUAUGUGAGCAUCUCCUACCUCAAGCCAGUUCUCCAUCUUCUGGCAACAUCAGUCUUGGCUGAAGAUGCUGAGGACACUGAUCUGACUAGAUCAAUUAAAACCAAGGUCCUGGCUUACCUCAACGACAAGUAUAGUGACCUCAUCACCCAGGAGCUUUUGGAUGUUGCGUCUUUCAUGGACCCUAGGUUCAAAACGCAAUACAUCAGCGCAGACAACCUUCCUGCCAUUAAGGCCCGACUGAAGACAGAAAUGGUGGAAUCAGCAAGACGUUCACAUAAUCAGGAGAAGAGGUCUCGCACUGAAACUGCUCAAAAUUCUCCAAGUGCACAGGCCUCUGGGGGAAAGGCAAAGAAGUCUCUUGGUAGUCUUUUUAAAACCAGUGUGGCCUCUUCAGCUUUGCCUCUGCCACUUGAAGAUGUCGUGGAGGCAGAGUUGAAUAGUUACCUGUUGAGCCCUGUCAUUGACGGAGAGGAUGAUCCCUUAGCCUGGUGGAAGGUGCACAACAUUCACUUUCCACGACUGUGCAAGAUGGCCCGCAAAUAUCUAUGUGUGCCAGCCACAAGUGCCCCCUCAGAGCGUUUGUUCAGCACUGGAGGGAAUAUAGUGACUUGCACUCGCUCAUCCUUAAAGCCAGCAAAAGUUGAUAUGCUGGUCUUCCUAGCAAAAAACCUUGAGCUAUGAUGAUUAUGGCUGGCAGAGCCAUACUCAUUGUGCACUUUAGUUUGUGCUGUGUUACUGUUACUGCAGAUAAUCAAGAUGUUCAGCCAGUUUUAAUUUAAAGGUGUGUUUGUGUGUGUAUACAAUUGCUAUAUUAUGUUUGCACUUUAUGUGUAAUGUUACUGACUAGUUUUAUUUAUUUAAUAUUAUUUUUUAAUUUAAUGACUUUCUAGCAGUUCACAGAUGUCGAAAGUCGAGUGUGGUAAAGCCACAGAUUGUUUUUUUAUAUAUAUAUAUAUAUAUUUCUGCACAUUGUACUGACUUUCAUUUUAAUGUUUACACCAGGGUUCCUUGUCAGCACUUUAUGCUCAGAUGUUACUAUACUAUGCUCAGAGAUGUUACUACUCAAAAUAUACUAUUGUGUAUGUUCAAAUAUACUGUUUUGAUUGAA